AUGAAACUCUUAGCAAUUACACUGCUCAUAACUGCAGCUUUAGCGAAACCGCAGAGAUACAGUCUCCCAUCGUCAUCAAAGAAUGGAUUCUCCUCUGGUUUUACCAGUGGCAUCGAAAUACAGGGAGGAAACGGUUUCACUAGUGGUGUUGUUGGCGCAUCUUCGCAUGAAUCUUCGUCCGGUGCUGGAUAUACUGGGGGUUCUGGAGGUCCUUCCGGUGCCUGCCGUGAUGGAGAGAUCCUGCAUGUAGACGGAUCUUGCGUUGUUCCUAAAGUAAGAAGAACCAUCUAUGUAUUCACCGCUCCUGAAGUGCCUCGGCAACCAGUUGGUCCGCCACCAAGUGUGCCACCACCGAGAGUGGAAGAAAAUAUCGUGUUCGUUCGUGUUCCGGAAGCAGGACCAGCACCCGAUCCCAUCAUCCUUCCUCCACCCCGCCAAGAGCAGAUCGUGUUCGUCCUGAACAAGAACGAUGGAGGAGGAGGCCAACGAGUGAUCGAGGUCACUGCUCCUCCACCUUCUGAUCCUGAAGUUUACUUCGUCAACUACGAAGAAGGAGAAAAUCCAACCCUUCCUAUUGGUGUUGAUCUUGAGACUGCGCUCAGUGCCGCCGCCAAUGGAGGGGGUCAGGCCAUCGGAGGAGCAGGUGAUUUUGGGGGAGAUGGAGGAUUUGGCGGCAGUGGAGUAAAUGGCUUUGGAGGAGAUGGAGGAUUCGGCGGCAGCGGAGUAAAUGGCUUUGGAGGAGAUGGAGGAUUCGGCGGCAGCGGAGUAAAUGGCUUUGGAGGAGAUGGAGGAUUCGGCGGCAGCGGAGUAGGCACCUUUGUUGGAGGAGAUGAAGGAUUUGGAGGAAGUGGAGUAGGUGGUAUUGGAGAUGUAGGAUUUGGCGAAAGUGGAGCAGGUGGCUUUGGAGGAGAUAUAAGGUUUGGCGGAAGUGGAGGAGGUGGCUUUGGAGGAGAGGGAAGAUUUGAUGACAGUGGAAUAAGUAUCUUAGGGGAUGGAAGAUUUGGCAAUCAGGGAGCAGUUGUUUUUUCUGAUGAAGGGCUUACAAGCAAUGAAGUAAGUGGCUUCGCAGGAACUAUAGCAUUACGAAACAGUGGCGAGUUCAGAGAUGAUGGGAGAGGGGGAUUAAAUUUUGGUUCUUUAGAGUUAAAUUAA